AUGGGAAUUAUUAUUUGUAAACCGAGGAUUUAUAAAACCGAUUCGAAUGAGGAAAGUAAGGAAUCAUUAAUGUUUAUUGAACCAAAUGACGAGCCAAUUGUGACAAAUUAUUUAUUUCCUAAAAAUGACGAUGAAAUUGAUAGAAUUCAUUAUCAGCAUUACAUCUAUAAAGAAGUAUGGGAAGGGAAUUUUUCGGCACCCGUUGAUAAAUUAUUGGAAAGCAGUACAAAAGUGUUAGAUGUAGGUUGCGGACCUGGAACUUGGACAAUGGAAAUGGGCGAAUUAUUUCCUGAAGCCCAAUUUGUUGGAAUCGAUUUUAUACCAACUUACCCUUCAGAGAUAAAACCACCCAAUGUUUCAUUUGAGAAACAUGAUAUACUUGAAGGUAUUCCAUACAAAGAUAAUACAUUUGACUACGUUCACAUGAGAUUUAUGAUGUUUGCGUUUACCCCUGAGAAUUGGAGAACCGUCAUUGAAGAACUUAUCAGGGUAUGCAAACCAAAUGGUUGGAUUGAAUUAAUGGAAGAGGAUUUAGAAAUUCACGGCGCGGGUCAGAAAACAAGCCAACUUAGUAAAGCCAUUGUCGAAGAGAUGAAGAAGCGAGGGAUAGAGAUCGUCAUCACUUCGCAAAUAUCCAAACUUUUGGAUAGCCUCAACCCCAACUCGGAGAUUAUUAAACCAUGCAUGAUGCAAUUAAAAAAUCUAAAAUGGGGUGCGAAAAAUUUGGCUAACGCUGUGAGAUCGAAUCAAUUGUUUAAAAAUAAUGAUGGUGAGGAUGAUGAUUCGUAUAGUAAGAUGGUGGAUGAAGUUUUCGAGGAAUGCGAGAAGGGGGAAACUUAUGUCAUAAGCCAUAGAUUUUACAUGUUAAAGCACGAUGGUCAUGUUUCAUAG